AUGCACUUUGCCAGCGUUGCCUUGGCGUUUUUCGCCAUCGUUCCCAACGUUGCUGCGCAACGGCCUUCAGACAUAUCGAUUUGCGACUAUUACACCACCGCGCUGCUCAAAAAUAACACAGCUGACAACCAAUACAAUCUCUUGGUCGCGUUGGUCAACACGGUAGUCAUCGGAAACUAUACCCAGCCGAACGUUGACAUAACUGUACCCGGAAUCCUCGCCGAAGGGAUUUACAAUGGCACAAGCGUCAACCUGUUACCGUAUUUCGACGGAACGCUCAACAGCACCAACCGCGGUGGCAGUUCUGGGGAGUCGGUCAACUUUCUUGAUGGCGGAGGUGCCACCCCAUUGAAACAGAACAAGGCUGCCGAUGACGCGGACUCUAAGCAAUAUAAGCUUCUUACCCACCUGUACCAGUUUUUUGGCACCCUUCUCGGUUGCUCCAUGCAGGGGAUGUCCGUCUUUCCCACUUACCAGGGCAACCCAUCCAUGUUCAAAGUUCACAAGUUUAUGAACCUGAAGCCGGCUGAGCUCGGCUAUUUUGUCCAGCAGGUUGCCCUGGCUGGCGCUUCUUUCGGUGUCGCCAAGGAUGAUCUUGAGGGCGUCGGUAUGGCCUUGGAACAGCUGUUUGGUCUUCGCUGUGCCCCGCCGAUGGAGGUCGUGAAGAGUCAAGGCGCCCAGCUGCAAGCAAUUUGCAUCGACCAAAGCUGCCCACUCGCGCAAGAAGCCGUCUGCAGCAAGUACGACGCCCCAGAUAACGUCACUCCGGCCGGCACCUCAACGUCGGCCACGCCUGCGAGCUCUGCUACAAGCGCGGUAGCCACGGGAGGGGCUGAGCUGCGCCACCAACAAUGGCUGCGUGAGAAACCGCGCCUGUUGGGGGCUGGCCGUCAAACAACGAAACGACGCCUCAUUGACGCCAAAAACACUGUUUUCUCCCAGUCGUCUCCAGCACCAGCUCUCGCUGAGCGUGGCCCCCAUGGCUUACCAAUGCGUUUCGUUGUCCGCGGUGCCGGGCGCGGUUUCAAGCUCUGCGGCGAAGACGCCAAAGUCCCCAUCCAUUACAUCCAGAAACAACACGCACUUUUGUCCAAGCACGAACACCUCAUUUUACAUACCUCGGGCCACAAGAAGGACAAGUCCCCUCCUCUUAUCUCCAUCAAAAAAGGCGUCCUCGGUACCGCGCCCGUCGGCGGCAAAAACAGCAAAUUCCACGUUCCCAACUUUGAGAGUUACAACAUUGAGCUACACAAUAGCAACCAGAACAACGUCAUCGAGAUGAAGUACGAAGGCCGUAAGGGCUUGGCUAAAGACAAAUACGCCUUUACCCUGUUCUGCAACGGGCGCAGAGAAACCUUCCGCUGGUACGAGGCUGAUAGACUGAAUUGCCCUGAGGUGAGGGAGAUCCAUAAGCGCCAAAAGCCCAUUGUGAAGACGGGUAUGCCUAAGGAUACAAAGAAGAAGAGAAUUGGGACCAUGAUUACGGGUAGCUAUCUGAUUAGGGUCACUGAGGGCGCUCCACAGUGUCCGGGUAAUCCCAACGCUGUGCUUGGUUGGGACGAGAAAGGGAGAGAAAUUGUUGCUAGCUAUGCCAAGGGUGGCAGUGGGUUUAUUGGCGGGACCAAGAUGUUCUUCCAGUUUUGGGGCAGUGCGGCUAAGGGGCAAUUCGGGGAGGACUUCACCCGCAUUGCGGCCGUUACUGGGACGGCUUUGUGGAGGGAGCAGAUUGCUGAGCAGCAGGCUGCGCAACGACGGAGCCAAAACCUAAAUCGGUAG